AUGUUUUAAAAAAUGUCGAAAAUUGUAGGAUUAAACUUGGGAUUUAUUUCUAAUCGAUCAGAUAACUGUCAAUCAACGGUGGGCGGAGCCUAGCCAGAACGAGGCCUAAGCCAGCUACCUACAAUAAUUUGUGCCGAGUACACGGAGUAAACAACAGGAUGAGGGGGACGAGUACACACUUGGUUGUGCUCUGGAUUUUAACAUUACAGCUAUCCAUGGUAACUUGUACAGCAGUGUUCGAACUUAAAUUAUCAUUGUUUAAAAACGAGGAGGGAGUAAAUACAGACGGUAACUGUUGCAAUGGAUUUCGGACCGAUGGGAAGUGCAGUGAUACGUGCCGGACGUUUUUUUGGAUCUGUCUAACACACUAUCAAAAGAAGAUACCAGAUGAUGCCUCGUGUACAUUCGCCACGGUCACAACACCAAUUUUGGGAUCUAAUACAGUGAAUUUUAGUGCACAGCUUCCUGUGAAGUUUGACAAUCCGCUUGCGUUCUCUAUACCUUACUCCUGGCCGGGAACGUUUUCUCUGAUCGUCAACGCUUACCACGAUACGACGCUGACCGGACCCGCACAAGGAAGCCCCAGGGAACUCGUGUCGACCUUGAAGACACAGAGGUCAUUGGAUGCUGGAGAGACUUGGCUCUCUUUCACACACUCAACGAAAUACACGGAGCUGAACUACAGUUACAGGGUGUUGUGUGAUGACAACUACUAUGGUUCAAGAUGUUCCAAUUUUUGUCGACCAAGGAAUGACAUUUUUGGACACUACAAGUGUGAUGAGACGGGUCAGAAGGUGUGCGUGGACGGCUGGGAGGGUCCUUACUGCAACAAGGCAAUCUGUUUACCAGGUUGUCAUCCAGACAACGGCUUCUGUGACGCCCCGAGCGAAUGCAAAUGCCGAAUGGGAUACAAGGGCACUUACUGUGACCAGUGCGAGAAAUAUCCAGGAUGUAUGAACGGCACGUGCACAGAACCAUGGCAGUGUAUUUGUGAGGAAGGUUGGGGUGGACUCUUUUGCAAUCAAGAUCUAAAUUUCUGCACCCACCACUCGCCCUGUCGUAAUGGUGGUAUCUGUACCAACACUGGCCAGGGAAGUUACACAUGUACUUGUCAGCCCGGUUACAUGGGUACCAACUGCGAGAUCGAGAUGGACGAUUGUGAACAGCAGCCAUGUCAAAAUGGCGGCACAUGUCAAGACUCUGGGACAGGAUAUAAAUGUAAAUGUCCCGACGGUUUCACGGGCAGACGAUGUGACACUCUGGCGGUCUCGUGCGAGAACGAGCCAUGUCAGAACGGUGCUACAUGCGAAAACACGGAAACAAGCUACAGGUGCACGUGUGUGCCUGGAUACACGGGGUACAACUGCGACGCGGAGAUAAACGAAUGUGCAACUUACCCCUGUCAGAAUGAAGGCCGAUGCGUGGACGAAUUGAACGGUUACAGGUGUGUGUGCGCGGUCGGGUUCCAGGGCCAACAUUGUGAGGAGAACAUCAUUGACUGCAAGCAAAACACGUGCUUGAACGGAGGAACAUGCAUGGAUCGAGUGAACGGGUUCGAAUGUCGCUGUAUUCCCGGUUUUGUUGGAUCGCUUUGUCAGAAAGACGUUGACGACUGUGAGCUCCGACCAUGCUCCAAUGGUGGUACGUGCCACGACAAGGUCAAUGAUUUUUCAUGCGACUGUCUACCGGGUUUUACUGGCAAAGACUGUCGGAUAAUAAAGAAAGAAUGCGAUAACGAACCCUGCAAGAACGGUGGCAGCUGCAUGGAUCGCCUAAAUGACUAUCAAUGUUUGUGUGUGUCCGGUUUCUCUGGAAAGGAUUGUAGCGUUACGGAUGACACAACUCCUAUCAAAAACGGUUCAAUCGUGAAUGUGGUGAAUGAGAUUAAACAGACCGCCGAGAAGGAAAUAACGAUGAUGCAACUAGUACUAAUCGUGUGUCUUGGUGUUGGAAUACCACUGCUCCUUCUGAUCAUUGUAGUGAUUUUCUUUCUGUUGAGGAAGAGAAACCCUGCGACUGCAGAACCACAUUCAUUGGAGAAAGAGCAAAAUUUGCAGAACAGUCAUAUAAACAACAAACUCGAGUCGGCCAUAUUUACGACGGGCCCGCUUCCACAGAGUGGUUCUGGUGUGCCUAAUGUGAAAACCACAAAUGAGGACAAUGAUUUCAAUACUUUCAAACCAAACGCGAGUUAUUACGAAAAAUCAACAAAUAAGCAAUUUCUGUAUAGCAAAGACUUAAAUACAGAACAGUUCGCAAAGACUCCCCCUCCUCCCCCGCCUCCAAAAGACAUUAACAUAAAACAUAGUGAGUGUUAUGAAACAGACAACUCGUCCGGGAGUAACUCCAUAAAUGAUAUCAGUUGUUACAACACCGACAUACACAUAAUCGGGAGUUCUCGGACACUUAACAAAGACACAAAUAGACAAUCAGCCUCCAUAUUAGAGCAACACGCGCAGCACGUGCCUCCACCCCAUCCUGCGCACGUGCAUCGACAGUCGUUUUACUGUGACGAGGUGUUAGCGACGGCGGUAUAGCACGACCUCAGAUAGACACCUUUAUACAUUUCCAUGUCUCUUGCAAUAUACCAAUAUAAUUAAUAACUAUUCCUUGCUAAACAGAUAUGCAUAUUUUGGGAUUUUGAUUUAAAGUGCCUUUUUAUGUUUUUUUGUACAGUGAAAUUAAGCGCGAAAUAUUGUUUUUCAAAAUUUAGAUUUUGGAAUUGUGGAUGUUUCUGUCUCCUGGAGCAGUGCACUCAGAUAGGAAUUAGGCUAAAAGCCGGGUUAUGCAACAGCGCGUUCGCUGAGUGGACGGCCAGGCCGUUGUUUCUGUUGACAUAAAAGUGUGCUCCCACUUUGGACAAUGUGUAUGUGUUUGGUCCUCCAGAUAUCGGUGCUUGAGCCAUCUGUCAGUCUGGACACUGGCCUGCUUGACCACAUUGGAAAUAUCGGACAGUGUAUAAAGAUUAAAACGCUGGCGCACGAACUUGUGAUAACUUUGUCAAUCCAUCCAUUUAGUUUUAUUUAUUGGCUGAUUGUGUAGAACCGGAAGUGACUGGUUGCCCAGGUCACAUGACCAAAUAUGGCUGCCACGUUAAUUUUUCCGCUACUGCAUGGACAUUUCUUAAUUUUGUUGAAUCUUUGCAUGAAGACGUUUUGUUGAAAGUUGUGAAUGUGUUUUUGUGUGUGCGUGGAAGUGUUUGUUGAUUUUGAUCGAGUUGAAGAUUGUUUUGUGCAAGUGACGUUUAUAUAGUUAAUAAAUAAGCAGUAUUUAAUGACUUCCAGCCAACGCAUUUGAUAAAUAGGGCAUGCCGGGAUACAUUUUUGUAUAUCAUGGAUUUUGUUAAUUUUAUCAGAACCGAGCACUUGUUCAAUUCGUUGUUAAAGAAGCAAAAAUCUAUAGUCACUUAUUUAAGAAUAUUGAUGGAAAGGCUGCUUCUGUGUGUUUUAAUUUAUUGUGUAUUUAUUCCAUUGGUCAGCCGGUGAGAAUCCCGAACAAUUCCAGUGCUGGGAUUUACUUACUGAGGACAUUUUUAUGGAACCAAAGGCGCUCAUCAGUUUUAUUGAACAAAGAUCACCGAGAUCGUGUGCAUUUCGCUACUCGUUACUUAAAACUCCUUUCUAAGCUCUUUCUAUCCCUCAUUCAAAUCAUCCUGGGUAGUAACGUGCAACAUCUUCAUUUUUCAAAUCUCUUCAAGUCUCCGACGAAUGGGCGAGUUUGCACACGGUCUUGGUAAACGGGCGUGGCCAAAUCUAGCCAUGCUCUCUCCAUCAUUCCAAUACACGCAACAAGGGAACAAGGAUCGCUUGUCUCCAAAGUAGUUUUCAUAAUUUCAUCUGCUGGAGAGCCGUUGUUACAUAUCACAUUCGAAUUGUUCAUGUCCAUUUUCAUCGCUAUUUUCAUCACUUUCAUCUGAUGAAUUAGACGGUUGCUCCGUCGUUACGUUGGUUACAUAAGGGCGUGGCUUGUUGCCAUGGCGCCCGCGACUAAUUGCCUGUGAUGUUGUACAUAGAAUGUAUAUUUAUAGAAGAACCGGAUGUAUAUAUAUCUGUUGAUGCCAUUAUUAUCUAUUGGUAAUUCACACCAUCAUGAAAUAAUAAAAAGGUCACAAUUGACUAUUUUUCAAAGAA